AAUCUUGAUCAAAAUAUAUUAAGACAUAACUGCUAAUUUUAAAGUUUAUCGUCACAAGUAAUCGCAUUGACUUAAAUCUCUAUCAGACUCACGUAGUUUGGACUUGUCAAAAAUCACUUUUUAGAUGUUUAGAGUGGACUUAGGACUUAUUAUCUUGUUCAAUCAUUUUCCGCCGAUUUGGGAACCUUUGUAGGUCCCUACGUGUAUAUAUUAUUUCGUUGUGCGAGCGUGCUAGAAAACUUUACCAGCCAAAAUUAAACGCUGUCCACCUGACCUACGCGUGUGCAAAUGUAGCGAUUGUGUAUCCUGCAAGCUGCAGAGCAUUGGCCAUUUAACACCUUUGUCCAUAUUUGAAAAAUGACAAAAAACAGUCCUGGCUUCAAAGUUUUUGUCCAAGAUUAAUGUAUUGUUAAAAAAAAUUGUUGUCUGCUAUAACUUCUUCUCUCCCAUAAAAAACUUUUAAACCGAUCUUUAAAAAUCUAUCGACCCUAGCAACGUAUUCGUUUCCAUUUAAAUGAUAAUUACUUUAAUAACUUUGAAUAGGAAUGAUGUUUAUACAUCUGAACAUUAAAUAAAUGCUCGAGUGGGAAAAAAAUUGAAAGAGAUUCCCGUGAUAGAGUAAUAAAUAAGAGUAGAAUUAGCAUCAUAAAAAAAUGGGAAAUCAGUCAUCCAAUUUCAUCACCUGUCCUAACUGUAACGUCGCAUCCUUUGAUAUCAAACGCUUGCCAACCGAGACCAUUGUCAAUCACAUCAAUCAAUGCUAUCGUGUCAAAUGUCCGUACUGUCCUGUACACAACAGCGAGGGUUUUUCAUCAGGGUUGGAUUUGGUGAAUCAUGUCAAGUAUUACCAUAAUGGAGAAUACGAACAACAUCAAGCAAUGCUUGGAUGUCCUAAAUGUUUUCAAGGCUUAUCAAACGAGACAGAUCUGAUAAACCAUCACAUUCAAUAUCAUCUACAGAGAGAGGACGAAUCGUUUGCCCCGUCUGUAACACUGCUGGAUUCAAGAAUGGUAUUUCUCUUUUAAAACAUGUUGAGCUGAUCCACUCUGUCAUCUUACCAGUGAUGGAUCAUGAUAAAAUUAACAUUAUUGAUGAAGGUGUUGCCAAAAAGCUACCAAAGGUUGGUGACCGUAUCAUAGCAAUGUGGGGACAAUCUCGAUGGCAGUAUUUCACCGCAACCAUAAAAAGGCUAGUCAUUUAGAACAUCAAGUCAUACCUCUUGAAUUAUAGAAAUCUAUGUUUAUGACGCUCUAUUUAAUGAUGUAACUAUAUGUUUGCUUAAAUGAUGUUAAUUUUUGUUGAAGUAA